GAUGCCAAGAAUCUCCAUUUUGCGCUCCAGGGUUUUAGGGUUUCCAGGGAGGAUGGCGGCGGCGAGGGAGCCACAGCUCGUCCAGCCUCCAAAGGGCACGCGAGAUUUCAAGCCCGAGCAAAUGAUGGUGAGGAAGAGAGUGUUUGGCAUCGUCUCCAAGGUUUUCGAGCAGCACGGAGCCGUCUCUCUCGACACUCCCGUGUUUGAGCUCCGGGAAACUCUCACGGGAAAGUAUGGAGAGGACUCAAAGCUCAUCUACAACCUCGAAGAUCAGGGUGGUCAGCUCCUUUCGCUCCGAUACGAUCUCACUGUUCCUUUUGCUCGAUAUCUGGCAUCGAACAAGGUGACCAGCAUGAAACGCUACCAGAUCGGCAAAGUUUACCGGCGUGACAAUCCUUCUCGGGGGAGGUAUCGCGAGUUCUAUCAGUGUGACUUCGAUAUCGCGGGGCAGUUCCCGGCCAUGAUCGCGGAUGCCGAGGUGAUCAAGGUCGUGGUGGAGCUGCUUGAUUCUCUCGACGUAGGGGACUACCAGGUGAAAGUGAAUCACAGAAAGCUUCUGGAUCUAGUGCUCGCGUCUUGUGGAGUUCCCGAAGAUAAGUUCAAGUCCAUUUGCUCCGCCAUCGACAAGCUGGAUAAAUCUCCCUGGGACAAAGUUCGAACAGAAAUGGUGGAGGAGAAAGGCUUGUCACCGGAAGUGGCUGACAAAGUCGGUGAGCAAGUCUCCAAGAAAGGCAAUGCGACGGACAUGCUUGCUUACUUGAACGCGUAUCUCGGAGAGUCCCAGAAUGCAACAGAGGUUCUCGAAGGCAUGGAGACGCUCUUUGGCUUUUUGGAAGCUGGGAACUGCUUGCAUCGCGUGGUUUUCGACCUUAGCCUUGCUCGAGGCCUGGAUUACUACACCGGUGUCAUCUUUGAGGCCGUUUUCACAGGCUCCACUCAGGUUGGAUCGAUUGCUGCUGGUGGUCGCUACGACAACCUCGUGAGCAUGUUUGGCGGCAAGGAAGUGCCGGUUGUGGGACUUAGCCUGGGAAUCGAGCGCGUUCUUCUCAUACUCGAAGAGCGGGAGAAGGCAAACAAGGUUGCAAGAACGAAAGAGACACAGGUUUUGAUACUCUACCUCGGCAAAAACAUGCACAAGCAAGCCUUUCGACUGGCGAGCGAGCUGUGGGCUGCGUCACUCAACGUAGAGUUUGACGCCAUCGCCACGUCCAAGCUCAAGAACAAGCUGGAUAUGGCGGGCAAAUCCUUCAUCCCCUUCGUCGUCGUCGUUGGCGAGGACGAAGAAAAGAAAGGCGUGGUGCAGCUCAAGGAGAUUGUCGUGAAGAAAUCUCAAGAGGAAGAAAACAAACAAAAAGAGGAAAUCCCGAGAAACGAACUAGCCAAGACCAUCUUGUCCAGAUUGCAAAAAUAAAUCUUUCGAUCAUUAGUCUCGACCUUUAA